CCCUUGGAGACCUUUGUGCUUUUGAAAGCAAAGCAACAAACUCUCUCAGGCAGGGAAGAACAUGUCAGCUUCUGGCAAGAGUUGGCUGUUUGGAGUUCUGCUCUGUGGCCUGUCCAUCGCUGGAACUGCAGCAGGGGGCCAAAGAAAUGACCGUCCCAAAGUGGUUACCAAGUAUGGGCCCUUGCAGGGCAUGCUGGCCAGCGUGAAGGGCAUCGACCAGCCUGUGAAUGUCUUCCUUGGGAUCCCUUUUGCCAAACCGCCGGUCGGAGCCCUGAGAUUCUCCCCACCGCAACCAGCAGAAGCGUGGAGCCAUGUGAGGGAGUCAACGUCUAUCCCUCCCGUGUGUCUGCAAGGCUUGGAAUGGCUGGCUGGCUUUAGCAAGAUGCUGAAUAUGACGCUUCCCGACAUAGCAGUGGCCGAAGAUUGUCUUUACCUGAAUGUUUAUACCCCAGACACCAAGGCCAAAUUGCCUGUCAUGGUCUGGAUCCACGGAGGGGCUCUGAUAUUAGGUGGAGCUUUUAUGAAUGAUGGAUCAGCCUUGGCUGCUUAUGAAAAGGUGGUAGUCGUUGUGAUUCAGUACAGGCUGGGUCUCCCAGGAUUCUUCAGCACUGGUAGCAGUGAUGCCCGUGGAAACUGGGGAUUGCUGGAUCAAGUAGCUGCUCUCCAGUGGGUUCAGGAGAACAUUGCACAUUUUGGAGGAGAUCCCAAUUCUGUGACCAUAUUUGGAGAGUCUGCAGGAGCAUUUAGUGUUGGUGCUCAGCUUCUGUCCCCCUUGUCCAAGGGCUUGUUCCACAGGGCCAUCUCUGAGAGCGGAGUCACUCAGCUUCCAGGCCUCAUCACUAGCUGCCCAGAAGUCCUUGCUCAGUUCUCACAUAAAAUUGCAAAAGCCUCUGGCUGUGAGGCCAGCAGUUCCGCGCUGGUGCAUUGCUUGAGGAGCAAAACAGAAGAAGAACUCAGAACCCUGAAUACCAACUUGACCCUGGGAUUUGGGAUUAUCCCCGCAGUAGUUGAUGGAGAGUUCCUUCGAAAGGCACCCAAGGAACUACUGGCCUCAAAGGAACUCAACACUGUCCCAUAUCUACUAGGUGUGAAUAAUCACGAAUACGGAUGGGUUGUUCCUGCGGCAAUGAACAUCUCCGGCAUAACUGAAGGCAUGGAUAAGGAGACCAUCAUUGCAUUGUUUCAGCAGAUAACCGCCUCCAUGAAUUUAUCACCUGAGCCUCUGCAGAUGGCACUGGAUGAAUACUUGGGAGACACCAAGGACCGUGUCAAGUUACGAGAUCGCUUUCUGGACAUGAUGGGAGAUAUGGUCUUUGUUGCUCCUGCUGUUGAGAUAGCUAGAUAUCACAGAGAUUCUGGAGCUCCUGUCUACCUUUAUGAAUUCCAGCACCGGCCCAGUGCAUUAAAAAACGCAAAGCCAGAUUUUGUGAAGGCAGAUCAUGGUGAUGAACUUGCCUUUGUAUUUGGGGUGCCAUUCUUAGGCAGUGAGUCAGCCACUUUGAUGGCGACAGAGGCCGAGAAAGAGCUCAGCAGAAAAAUGAUGAAAUACUGGAGCAACUUUGCCCGAAAUGGGAACCCAAAUGGCAAAGGUUUGGUGGAAUGGCCUCAGUAUGGUCUGAAUGAAGAAUAUCUGGAAUUAAACCUGGAGCAAAGGAAAGCAGAGAAGCUGAGGAAGAACAAGGUGGACUUCUGGUUAAAGACACUGCCCGAAAAAAUGAAGAAAAUGGCUGAAGGAAAGGAAAAACACGGGGAGCUGUAACCAGUGGCCAAAUUGCCCCAGCUUAUUUUUGUUUGUUUUGAGAACAAACACUUUCCAACAAGAAUUAUUUCAGUCUGAAAAA